AUGUCCCACGUUAGUCUGAAUGAUUCGCACAAUCAGAUGGUGGUGCACUGGGCCGGAGAGAAGAGCAAGGUGAUUGUGGCUUUAGCCCGAGACAGCCUGGCGUUGACGAGGCCCAGGAGCAGUGAUGUGUAUGUGUCUUACGACUAUGGAAAAUCGUUUCAGAAAAUUUCAGAGAAGUUCAGCUUCGGUGUGGGAAAUGGCAGCGUAGCAGUGAUUGCCCAGUUCUACCACAGUCCCGUGGACAACAGGCGGUACAUCUUUGCAGACGCCUAUGCCCAGUACCUCUGGAUCACGUUUGACUUCUGCAACACCAUCCAAGGCUUUUCCAUCCCGUUCCGGGCAGCUGAUCUCCUCCUGCAUAGUAAGGCCUCCAACCUUCUCCUGGGCUUUGACAGGUCUCACCCCAACAAGCAGCUAUGGAAGUCAGAUGAUUUUGGCCGGACCUGGAUCAUGAUUCAGGAACAUGUGAAGUCCUUCUCUUGGGGAAUUGAUCCUUAUGACAAGCCAAACACCGUCUACAUUGAACGGCACGAACCCUCUGGUUACUCCACAGUUUUCCGAAGUACUGACUUCUUCCAGUCCUGGGAGAAGCAGGAAGUGGUCCUUGAGGAAGUGAGGGACUUUCAGCUGCGGGACAAGUACAUGUUUGCUACAAAGGUGGUGCAUCCCUGGGGCAGCCAGCAGCCACCUUCUGUGCAGCUUUGGGUCUCCUUUGGCCGGAAGCCCAUGCGAGCAGCCCAGUUUGUCACAAGACAUCCUAUUAAUGAAUAUUAUAUCGCAGAUGCCUCCGAGGACCAGGUGUUUGUAUGUGUCAGUCAUAGUAACAACCGCACCAACUUAUACAUCUCAGAGGCAGAGGGGCUGAAGUUUUCCCUGUCUUUGGAGAAUGUGCUCUAUUACAGCCCAGCUGGGGCCGGCAGUGACACCCUGGUGAGGUACUUUGCAAAUGAACCAUUUGCUGACUUCCACCGUGUGGAAGGGCUACAAGGCGUCUACAUUGCCACUCUGAUCAAUGGCUCCGUGAGUGAGGAGAACAUGAGAUCAGUCAUCACCUUUGACAAAGGGGGAACCUGGGAAUUUCUUCAGGCUCCAGCCUUCACAGGAUAUGGAGAAAAAAUCAGCUGUGAGCUUUCCCAGGGCUGUUCCUUGCACCUGGCCCAGAGGCUCAGCCAGCUGCUCAACGUCCAGCUCCGGAGGAUGCCCAUCCUAUCCAAGGAGUCAGCUCCCGGUCUCAUAAUUGCCACCGGUUCAGUGGGAAAGAACUUAGCAAGCAAGAUGAACGUGUAUAUCUCCAGCAGUGCCGGAGCCCGGUGGCGUGAGGCACUGCCUGGACCUCACUUCUACACCUGGGGAGAUCAUGGCGGCAUCAUCGUGGCUAUUGCCCAGGGCGUGGAAACCAAUGAGCUGAAAUACAGUACCAAUGAAGGGGAGACCUGGAAAACAUCCGUCUUCUCCAGGAAGCCUGUGUUCGUGUAUGGGCUCCUCACAGAACCUGGCGAGAAGAGCACUGUCUUCACCAUUUUUGGCUCCGACAAAGAGAAUGUCCACAGCUGGCUGAUCCUCCAGGUCAAUGCCACCGAGGCCCUGGGGGUCCCCUGCACAGAGAAUGACUACAAGCUGUGGUCACCGUCUGAUGAGAGGGGCAAUGAGUGCUUGCUGGGGCACAAGACUGUUUUCAAGCGGAGGACCCCCCAUGCCACGUGCUUUAACGGAGAAGACUUUGACAGGCCGGUGGUUGUGUCCAACUGCUCCUGCACCCGAGAGGACUACGAAUGUGACUUCGGCUUCAAGAUGAGUGAGGACCUGUCCUUAGAGGUUUGUGUUCCUGACCCUGAGUUUUCUGGGAAGUCAUAUUCUCCUCCUGUGCCUUGUCCUGUGGGUUCAGCGUACAGGAAAACAAGAGGCUAUCGGAAGAUUUCUGGGGACACUUGCAGCGGCGGCGACAUCGAAGCACGACUGGAGGGUGAGCUGGUCCCGUGUCCCUUGGCAGAGGGGAACGAGUUCAUCCUGUACGCCACUCGGAAAUCCAUCCACCGCUACGACUUAGCCUCGGGAGCCACCGAGCAGCUGCCUCUCACGGGGCUGCGGACGGCAGUGGCCCUGGACUUUGACUAUGAGCACAACUGCUUGUAUUGGUCCGACCUGGCUUUGGAUAUCAUCCAGCGCCUGUGUCUGAAUGGGAGUGCAGGGCAAGAGGUGAUCAUCAGUUCUGGCUUGCAGACAGUAGAGGCCUUGGCCUUUGACCCCCUCAGCCAGUUACUUUACUGGGUGGAUGCCGGCUUGAAGAAGAUUGAGGUAGCUCAUCCAGAUGGAGACUUUCGACUCACGGUCGUCAAUUCCUCUGUGCUUGAUCGGCCCAGGGCUCUGGUCCUCGUGCCCCAGGAGGGGGUGAUGCUCUGGACCGACUGGGGAGACCUGAAGCCAGGCAUUUACCGGAGCAACAUGGAUGGCUCUGCUGUUCACUGUUUGGUGUCAGAGGACGUGAAGUGGCCCAACGGCAUCUCUGUGGAUGACCAGUGGGUCUACUGGACGGACGCCUACCUGGGCUGCAUUGAGCAGAUCUCUUUCAGUGGCCAGCAGCGCUCGGUCCUCCUGGACAACCUCCCACACCCCUAUGCCAUUGCGGUCUUCAAGAAUGAAAUCUACUGGGAUGACUGGUCACAGCUCAGCAUAUUUCGAGCUUCCAAGCACAGUGGGUCACAGGUGGCACUGCUGUCCAGCCAGCUCACGGGGCUGAUGGACAUGAAGAUUUUCUACAAGGGGAAGACAGCUGGAAGCAAUGCCUGUGUGCCUCAGCCAUGCAGCCUGCUGUGCCUGCCCAGGGCCAACAGCAGUAGGAGCUGCACGUGUCCAGAGGGUGUGUCCAGCACUGUCCUCCAGUCCGGGGACCUGAGGUGCGAGUGCCCUCAGGGCUAUCAGCUGAGGAACAACACCUGUGUCAAAGAAGAGAACACCUGUCUCCGCAGCCAGUAUCGCUGCAGCAACGGGAACUGUGUCAACAGCAUUUGGUGGUGUGACUUUGACAACGACUGUGGAGACAUGAGCGAUGAGAGGAACUGCCCUACUACCAUUUGUGAUCUGGAUACUCAGUUCCGUUGCCAGGAUUCUGGGACCUGUAUCCCAUUGUCUUACAAAUGUGACCUGGAAGAUGACUGUGGCGACAACAGCGAUGAAAGUCACUGUGACACGCACCGGUGCCGGAGCGAUGAGUACAGCUGCAGCUCCGGCGUGUGCAUCCGCUCCUCCUGGGUGUGCGACGGCGACAACGACUGCAGGGACUGGUCGGACGAAGCCAACUGCACCGCCGUCUAUCACACCUGCGAGGCUUCCAACUUCCAGUGUCGCAAUGGGCACUGCAUCCCCCAGCGGUGGGCCUGUGAUGGUGACAUGGAUUGCCAGGAUGGCUCUGACGAGGACCCGGUCAGCUGCGACAAGAAGUGCAAUGGGUUCCGCUGCCCGAAUGGCACCUGCAUCCCAUCCAGCAAGCACUGUGACGGUCUGCAGGAUUGCUCCGACGGCUCCGAUGAGCAGCGGUGUGAGCCCCUCUGCACUCGCUUCAUGGACUUUGUGUGCAAGAACCGCCAGCAGUGCUUGUUCCAGUCCAUGGUGUGUGACGGGACCAUCCAGUGCCGUGACGGCUCCGAUGAGGACGCGGCGUUCGCAGGAUGCUCCCGAGACCCCGAGUUUCACAAGGUGUGUGACGAGUUCAGUUUCCAGUGUCAGAACGGCGUGUGUGUCAGUUUGAUUUGGAAGUGCGAUGGGAUGGAUGACUGCGGCGACUACUCUGAUGAAGCCAGCUGCGAAAACCCCACAGAGGCCCCAGAUUGCUCCCGCUACUUCCAGUUCCAGUGCGAGAAUGGCCAUUGCAUCCCCAGCAGGUGGAAGUGUGACCGAGAGAAUGACUGUGGGGACUGGUCUGAUGAGAAGGACUGUGGAGAUUCACGUAUUCUCCCCUCCCCUGCUCCUGGGCCCUCGACGUGUCCACCUAAUUACUACCGCUGCAGUGGCGGGGCCUGCGUGAUGGACGUCUGGGUGUGUGACGGGUACCGAGACUGUGCAGAUGGCUCGGACGAGGAAGCCUGCCCCUCGCCCGCAAAUGUUACUAGUGCCUCCCCUGCCACCCAGCUUGGACAAUGUGACCGAUUUGAGUUCGAGUGCCACCAGCCGAAGAAGUGUAUCCCCAACUGGAAGCGCUGUGAUGGCCAUCGGGACUGCCAGGAUGGGCGGGAUGAGGCCCACUGUCCCACACACAGCACCUUGGCCUGCACAAGCGGGGAGUUCCAGUGUGAGGACGGCGAGGCCUGCGUGCUGCUCGAGGAGCGCUGUGACGGCUUCCUGGACUGCUCUGACGAGAGUGACGAGAGGGCCUGCAGCGAUGAGUUAACUGUAUACAAAGUGCAGAACCUGCAGUGGACAGCUGACUUCUCUGGGGACGUAACUUUGACCUGGCUGCGGCCCAAGAAAAUGCCCUCUGCUUCCUGUGUGUACAACAUCUACUACAGGGUUGCUGGAGAAAGCAUAUGGAAGACUCUGGAGACCCAUAGCAAUAAAACAAACAUGAUACUAAAGGUCCUGAAGCCAGAUACCACAUAUCAGGUGAAAGUCCAGGUCCAGUGUCUGAGCAAGGUGCACAAUACCAAUGACUUCGUGACCCUGAGGACCCCAGAGGGAUUGCCAGACGCCCCCCAGAAUCUCCAGCUCUCACUGCACAGGGAAGAGGAGGGAGUGAUCGUAGGCCACUGGACUCCUCCCGUCCACACCCAAGGCCUCAUUCGAGAGUACAUUGUGGAAUACAGCAGGAGUGGCUCCAGGGUGUGGGCCUCCCAGAGGGCUGCUGGUAACUUUACAGAAAUUAAGAACUUGCUGGUCGGCGCUCAGUAUACCGUCAGAGUGGCUGCAGUGACUAGUCGUGGAGUAGGAAACUGGAGUGAUUCUAAGUCCAUUACCACCGUAAAAGGGAAAGUGAUCCCUCCACCAGACAUCCACAUCGACGACUACAGCGAAAACUCUCUGAGCUUCACCCUGACCAUGGAGACUGACGUCAAGGUGAAUGGCUACGUGGUGAACCUCUUUUGGGCAUUUGACACCCACAGACAAGAGAAGAGAACUUUGAACUUCCGAGGGAGCAUUUUGUCACACAAAGUUGGCAAUCUGACAGCUCAAACAUCAUAUGAGAUUUCCGCCUGGGCCAAGACUGAGUCAGGGGAUAGUCCUCUGGCAUUCGAGCAUGUUGUGACCAAAGGAGUCCGCCCACCUGCGCCUGGCCUCAAAGCCAAGGCCAUUAACCAGACUGCAGUGGAGUGCACCUGGACUGGCCCCCGGAAUGUGGUUUAUGGUAUCUUCUAUGCCACGUCCUUCCUGGACCUCUAUCAAAACCCGAAGAGCUUAACGACGUCACUCCACAACAAAACAGUCAUUGUCAGUAGGGACGAGCAGUAUUUGUUUCUGGUUCGCGUGGUGGUGCCUUACCAAGGGCCGUCCUCGGACUACGUGGUGGUGAAGAUGAUCCCGGACAGCAGGCUCCCACCCCGUCACCUGCAUGCAGUGCGCAUAGGCAAGACAUCUGCUCUGAUUAAGUGGGAAUCCCCCUACGACUCUCCAGACCAGGACCUGCUGUAUGCAGUUGCAGUCAAAGAUCUAAUAAGAAAGAGCGAUAGGAGCUACAAAGUAAAAUCCAGGAACAGUACUGUGGAAUACACCCUUAACAAGUUGGAGCCUGGAGGGAAAUACCACGUCAUCGUCCAGCUGGGGAACAUGAGCAAAGAUGCCAGUAUAAAGAUUACCACAGUGUCAUUGUCAGCACCUGAUGCCUUAAAAAUCAUAACAGAAAAUGACCAUGUUCUUCUGUUUUGGAAAAGUCUAGCUUUGAAGGAACAGUAUUUUCAGGAAAACAGGGGCUACGAGAUACACAUGUUUGAUAAUGCCAUGAAUAUCACAGCUUACCUCGGGAAUACUACCGACAAUUUCUUUAAGGUUUCCAACCUGAAGUUGGGUCAUAACUACACGUUCACUGUCCAGGCAAGCUGCCUUGUUGGCAGCCAGAUCUGUGGGGAGCCUGCUGCCCUGCGUUAUGAUGCCUUGGGGCCCGGUGGGGAUGCGUCAGCCCUUCAUGCUACCAGAUCCACUGACGUGGCUGCUGUGGUGGUGCCCGUCUUGUUCCUGAUACUGCUGAGCCUGGGGGUUGGGUUUGCUGUCCUGUACACAAAGCACCGUAGGCUGCAGAGCAGCUUCUCUGCCUUCGCCAACAGCCACUACAGCUCCCGGCUGGGCUCGGCCAUCUUCUCCUCCGGCGAUGACUUGGGAGAAGAUGAUGAAGACACUCCAAUGAUAACUGGAUUUUCAGACGAUGUCCCCAUGGUGAUAGCCUGAAAGAGUGUCUUUCCACUCGAGAAACCAAAUGGUGUAAAUAUUUUAUUUGAUAAAGAUAGUGGAUGGUUUAUUUUAAAAGAUGCACUUUGAGUUGCAAUAUGUUAUUUUUAUAUGGGCCAAAAACAAAACAAAAAAAAAAAAGAAAGAAAGGAAUGAAUGAAUAAAUUUUGUAGUAAUCAACUGUGAACUUCAAACCAGGUUGACUUUAGUGACCAAAUUGCUCUGAUUUGAUGCUAAUGUCGUCUUACAGGGCUGUGCUUGCUGGCCAUGCUUUUAAGUCUGUGAGAUAAUUUUGGUUCAAUAAAUUGGCCAUUCUUUUUAUUUUUCUAAGAAAGAAAUGUAUUUAAUAAAAACGUCAAGAGAGUGUGGUGGGUGGAAUCCCUCCUCCUGGAAAGUAUGCUUCACAUUUUAAAUGUUGUCUGGGUUUAGUUUAUAUGAAAGUGUUUGGUGGGGAGGUUCUGUUAUGUUAUUAUGUUAAUUUAUUGAGACUUUGUAUAAGGCAAGGCUUGGUGGUCACCUGCCACCACACUCGUUGUGAGCCCCUGGUGUUGAGGGGUGGGGAACAGAGCAGUUAGUUGCCAUCUGGAAACAGUCCAUUUUCAUUGACUGCGCGUGUCUGUCACACACGGUAUUCGGCAGGAGAGUGCACUGCGGCGUUGCUGCAGUCCAGGCAGACUGCAGCCUUGGAGGCCCUGCAAGCAUCAGCUUCCCCUCGUAUUAACUGGUGAAUCAGCUGUGUCUGCCUCUGCGGGACGUGGCUUUCAGAGCUGCACAGGGAUAUCCCUGCUUUACCACACCCUGGUGUCGUCACUGAGAGCACUGCUCUGCGUGGGCAAGAGCCGUAGAUCUGCGCCCCAACAGAUACGUGGGCAAAUUUGGUACCUAAAUUUUCAGGUUUUUACCUAUCACUGAAGAAUCUCAAACGUAAAGCUUUGUACCUGUGUCGAGAAUUCAUGCCGACACACGCAGUCAUUUUGCACUGGGCCAGUGCCUUCUCUUUUUUCUCUUCUUCCACCUGCCUUUCCCACACCUCUGCCCAAUUGCUGGCGAAAGUCUCUUCACUCUUACGGAGAUUCAAGAGGUCUGUGAAUCUGAGGCCACUCAGUCCAGUUCACAGUAGCAGCAACACUACUCUGUAGAAUAAGCUGGGACUGUUUUCCUUGUUCCUUUAAAUGCCACCCCUGUGUUCAGAUCAUGGCUACUUGGCAGGUGUGCAGAACCCACUGUGGACUGAUGCCCACCCUUCAGCCCUAAUGCUGUGGGCGCAGUGCCGAGCCUGGCUGACUCCUGCUGCGGGGGCCUCACGGAACCCCCCUCAAGGAGCAGGGGAGCCAUGCUUUUCAUGCGUCCCUGAUAGCCCAGCUUUCUGUGAAUACCACCUGCUCUUAGAUGCAGCGCACCGCUUUCUCAGAAGUGUUUGCUUGCUUUUAACCAAAACAGUCAUUCUUGGGUUAUAAUAUAGAUUCCUUCUACCUAGGAAUUGUUUGGAAAACAAAGAGCCAAUUAAAUUUUAGUUUAAAAAUAUACAAGGUGGGGCAAAAGUAGGUUUACAGUUGUUCAAAUGGAAAACAAUACGGUAAUUAAUAAAUACUAAUACAAGAGUAAAAUCUGGUUUGCAUAUUCCCAGCUGUGAGUCUGCCCUUGCCCCACCCGGUGUAUAUUUUGGAUGAGUAUUUCAGGUUGUAGACAGUCAGCAUCAUGUCGUCGUUAGGCUCAUGUUGCUUAACAAGUGGUGGAAUGAUGAGCCUCCUUCCAGCAUAUUGUCUCUUCUUUCUCCUUUGUUAUUUUUUUAAAGACUGGAGUUUCUUUGUCUUUGUCUUAUCUUACCUUGGAGUUUGUUCAAAACUCCGAGCCCUAUCCCCCGCCCCCUUUUAAUAAGCUGUUUAAGUAGGUGAAGGUUAACAGUCGGGUGGGACACACGCCAUUUAAUUGAGCCACUAGGAAGUAUAGUCUCUUUCUCUGCCAGCUUUUUGGUGACUUUGGUAAAAGCUGAUAUAAAAGGCUCGAACGCUCUUUUCAGUUAUUCCAUAGGCAAGCGUUUUUACCCUGUCUCCAGGCGGCACCUUGCGAUACCUCUGAGUCUCCAGCUCUGAGUACCAGUGCUUCCCAUGUUAGUACCCAGCACUGUGCAGACUGCCACCCCCUCCUCAGAGAAGGCCUCUGUGCAGUUUGAAAGGAAAGCAGCCUUUUCAGGCUAGAAUAUUUUAUAUUAACCGAAGAGCUAAGUUCCUGAAGCUAAGCUAGAUAGAUGCAGCUAUGUGUAAAUUGUAUAUUUUUAUGAACUUAUGAAGCACACACUCCUGUUUCCCUCUGCAUAACUUUCUGGGGUUUUGAUGUGUAUAUGCUGUCUGCAAAAGUCAAGAGGUUGGGUUGACAAUAGGAAAUGAAAACAGGAACUAUGUGCACCCUUUGACAGGGACCCGAGAGUUGUCUUCAGUGUGACCAACUGGAGCCCCUGGCUGUUUGUGAAGAAGGGGUUUUGUAACCUUUUUGGAGCUGCCACCUCGAAAGUUCGCACUGUCCAAGGAAAAGGCUGACCCCCAGGGCCUGUGAGAAUGCACAUCAGAAGUGCACUAAAAUUUGGUAGGCAGGGGACUGUGUACAAAUUCCCUCUGGAAGCUGAUUUUGCCCCUUUAUGUACUGAAUGCCCUUGAGCCGUAUGAGAUGUGGAUUCAUGCAGGUAAAAUGACGGAGGAUUCCUUAUCUAUGCAGAUGUGUGAGAAGCACCAGGAACUACUGGCUGCCCUUGAAGCUGAGGAGAUAUUUAUGAUGCUGGGUGGAAGUGCCUGACCUUGGGGAGAAGGGUUCCUGGGGCUCCCUCUGUGGUGAUGUUACGAGGGACAGAUGUGGGACAUGCAGGCGCAUGUUCUCUCCUGCCCGUCAUGGGUGUACUUAAUAUUGGGAGGAACUAGGGAGAGGGGUGGUUUUGUGAGGCCCUUAUAGAUAGAUACCCACCCCUUCUACUUGGAGAGUCCUUCCUCAGAUACUCACCCAGCAGUCACUCUGCCCAGCGUUGCCUCAGGGCAGGAGCCCCAUCCCUCCAGGUUUGGCUGAUCACUUCCCCACUGAGCUGGUCAUGGUGAGUCCCUGAAAAGGGUUUUUCUUCGCAGGGAAUUGGGAGGUCCUCUAGAGAACAGAUCCAGGGUCCUUAUGCAAGCUGAGUACCACCUCCACACUGGUUUAGGACUUGACUGAACUAGACAGAAUCUGCACUUGUGUUGGGAGUGUGUGCUGCCUUUCAGGUACAAUUUUUGUGUAUUAAAAGCCAGUGCAUUUAGUUUAUAUAGAAUAUUUUCUAUGCAAGACUGAGAUAUGGAGUAGAUAGCGAGAAAUAUGUACUGUUGGGUAUGAAGACAGGAAGCAUGUUUCAGAAGGGGCAUGACCACUGAACUUGGAUGAGGGAGGAUAGGUUGCAAUGAGCUCCUGCCCACUAAUUCUGAGCAGCCAUAUCAUGAGUUAAAUCAUCUCAGCCAAAUAGCCUAAGAAUGGUGUUACUUUCAUGUGUAAUAACCCAAAUGGAAUAAGUACGAGUGCUGAGGUGGGACAAUAUUCUCAGAUAUUCCUUGUCACUUUCAUUUAAAGACUUGUUUGAAUUAGAAACUUUAGGCAAAAUCAACAGUAUUUGCAGCAAAAUAAAGGCCUACUCUGCUCUUAUUUAAACUGAAAUGCUGUACACUUAUUUCUCUCCAAAGUGAAAGUAGGCAUUUAUGAUUUCAAUUGCCUUGAUAAGUUUCCAGAUCACUGAUUUAUGCUGAAGAUUUUACUAUAUUGUUGCACAAUUUUAAGAUAAUUUUUGUCUCAAUGUCAACUUUUUUCAAUGAAUAAAAAUUUAACUGGGUCAAGAAAACAGCUACUUGAAAA